AUGUCUCUAUUCUAGUAACAUUUUUGCCUGGAAAGCAAAUAUUGUCCCCAUCAACCUCUGCAAUUACAAGAAUCUCUACAACAAGGUUCCUCACUAACAACACUUUCAUCUUCAACCCCUUCCUUAACACACCACCACCAAACCCCAAAAAACAUCAACAAAAAACCAUGGAAGAUGUUUGGAAAGACAUCAACCUCCCUUCCUUAAACAACAAUAUGAACACACCAGUUUCUUCUCCCUCCUUAAAGACACCAACUUCUCUUCAUUCCUCCAUCAACCUUAACUCUCUACCUGAGUUUUAUUUCGACCCUCUUGAACACAAGAACUUGCAAUUAGAGCAGAGCCACCACCACACUAGUACGCUCUCAAAUGUUGAAGAUAUAUUGAGCAACACAAUAGAAAGAAGAAAUAACAGAAUAAUGAAGAAUAGAGAAUCUGCUACACGAUCAAGAGCAAGAAAGCAGGCUUAUAUAUUUGAGUUGAAGAAAAAAGUGAAGAGCUUGGAAGAAGAGAAUGCCAGACUCAAAAGACAAAACCAUUUGUGUGCCGAAGCCAAGCAGCAGAGGAAUGGAAAUCUGUAUAGAACAUUAACAGCUCCAUUUUAAGAACUAUUUGUAGGAGCCAGCAAUCUACUUCUCAUGAGCCUAAAAUGUUUACCCUUUGAAGUAUGAACUAUGAAUUCAUCAUGAUGUUAUUUUAAUGUUACCAAAAAAAUCAUCAUGUUAUUGUACCAGACAAAUAUAUCGGUGGUUACUUGU